AUGGAAGCAUCUCAUGAACAACAACUCUCAUUAGGCUCUAGAGAACAACAAUCUCCUAUCCCUUUCUCCAUCAAUAUUGCUUAUUCUUCUACAGAAGGAGGAACAAGAGAAAGUGCACGUUACAAUGUGUAUGCAUGCAAAACAUGCAAAAAAACUUUCACUUCAUUUCAAGCACUUGGAGGCCAUAGAAAAGUUCACAAGAAGCCUAGAUAUGAUCGUCAGGUUCAAGAGUUUCAAUUCAAAACCAAUAAUAAAUCAAUUUCCCUUAAAUUGAAUAGUAUAAAUGGUAUGGGAAAUAUAUAUGCUAGCAGCAGCAGCAGCAGCAAUAACACCAGCACCACCACCACUACCAACAACAACAGCAACACCAACAACAACAAAACCAAGGUUUAUGGGUGCUCCAUUUGUGGUUCUAAAUUCACAUCUGGCCAGGCACUUGGUGGCCAUAUGACCUUCCACCAUGCACCUGUGGAGACAACCUCAUCGACACCAAUGGCUUUGCAACCAGACGAAGAAGAUGAAGAACCACCUAGAAAGAAAAUGAAUGUCUCUUUGGAUUUGGAUCUCAACCUUCCUGCAGCUUAA